UCAUUGGUUCAUUCGAGGCUAGCGGGGAAUUCAACGAUUGCAUAUAGAAAUACAUUGCCAUUCAAAAAUUUCUUUCAAGAAGAGAGCUUCUCUCGUUUGAAUUUUGAAAAAGGCUUCGCAAUUUCGUUGAAAGUGAAGAAAUAGACUUAGUUUCAUACUUUAGAUUUCUAUAGAUUGCUUUUGCAAUCUUAUUUAUUUAUUUGAAUUUGAAGGUCGUCAUUGUGCGGAAAAAUUGAAAAUGUCGCAAGCAUUUGCACUUCAUCAGGAUGAAAAUCAGAUGCCACGCCGAGGAAAGGGAGCUAUCGUUAAGGGUAAUGGUUUGGGAGGACAGAAACGAGCAGCUUUAGGUGUUAUCACGAACCAAGUAAAUCAGAAUCUUCGUGUUCAACCUGCAAGGGCGGCUAAACCAAAGUCUUCAGAUUUUGGUAUCCAAGAUGAGAAUGCAUUUACAAAGAAAAGUGCAAAAACGUUUGGUCAGCAACCAAGUCAGUUUUCAGUGUUUGUCGAUGAGCCUGCAAAGAAAACAAAGGCUGUAGCAAAGGCGCCAGCUGUAUUGAACACAAGUGCAGAACUCACAGCUGCUGUGACUGCUGUUCCACAACCAAGACUCCCUUUAGCAGAAGUACCCAGUUCUCCAGAUAUAAUAUGCUUGGAGGAUUCUAUGGAAUCGCCUAUGGUGCUUGAUAUAUCAGAAGAUGAAAAGAAACCACUUGAUAGAGAAGCUGUGAUCUUGACUGUCCCAGAAUAUGAAGAAGACAUUUACAACUACCUCAGACAAGCAGAGUUGAGAAAUAGAGCAAAGCCAGGAUACAUGAAAAGGCAGCAAGAUAUCACAUCAUCCAUGAGGUCCAUUUUGGUAGACUGGUUGGUAGAGGUUUCAGAAGAAUACAAACUACACAGAGAAACACUUUUCCUGGCGGUCAACUACAUUGACAGAUUUUUGUCAAAGAUUUCUGUAUUGAGAGGAAAACUACAGUUGGUUGGUGCUGCUAGCAUGUUCUUGGCUGCCAAAUACGAGGAAAUCUAUCCUCCAGAUGUGAAAGAAUUUGCAUACAUUACCGACGACACAUACACUGCCCAACAGGUUCUCAGAAUGGAACAUCUUAUCCUUAAGGUGCUCACUUUCGAUGUGGCUGUGCCUACCACAAACUGGUUUUGUGAGGACUUUGCUAAAUCUUGUGAUGCUGAUGACAAAUUGAAAUCUUUAACCAUGACUGCAGCAUUAGUGAAAAAGACAGGUUAUGAGAUUGGACACUUUGUUGAUUGUCUCAAGGACUUGCACAAGACCUACCAAGGUGCUGAAGGACACCAGCAACAAGCUGUCCAAGAAAAAUACAAACAAGACAAGUACCAACAAGUAUCCGACUUCACAAAGAAUCCAGUGCCUCACAGCUUGGCUUUAUUGUCACUUUAGAUAACUGGGCUACUUGUAGUAUAUUGUGUUCUCUACCAGAGUUCUUUCAUGGACUGAUAAAUGUUGGAUAGAGGUCCGCCUGCAAAUAACCAAAUACAGUUUACAGUGCUACAAUAUCGCACCGGUCUUCGAUAUGAAUUGUUCCAGGGUUUCAUCAUGUUCCUUUCUGUAUAUGAACCAUUCCUAAUAAUACUUAAAGAAAGUAAAAUAAGACAUACUGUUCUGAAAAUGAUAAUAAUUGGUAUACUAUUUCAAAAGAUGGGGUUUAAAUUCAUACUACAUAAUUAAAAAAGUUCUACACCUAUUUUGUACAGAAGGAAUUUUCUACAUUUUGAUUCUUUCUAAACCCAUUUUAUACAUAAAGAAUGUCGUGAAACCCUUUUGAAUGGUGUAAAUGAGAUCCGGAAACUUUCAAGGGGGAGAUGUCCUGUGUACUGUAGAUGGUUGUAUGUAGGCGGAGCCUAUUUAUUACAAAGAAUCAAGGUGCCAAGGUGAUUUUUAACAUUGCUUCUCUACGAGAUGAGAUACCACUGAUGAUGUGUUCAAGUUGUUUUACCGCCAAUCAGGAUCUUAAUUAAUUGCUUUUAACAGAUUUUAAAACUGACAUACAGUGAAGGAUGCUUUUUGAUAAAUAUUUUUAGUGCAAUAGACAGGCAGCAUACAUUAAUUCAUUGAUUAAUUGAAUGAAAUGUUUACCAUUGGUGUUCAUAUUACAAACUGGUCAUGCUUGUGUGAUUGAAGUAUGCAUGAAAUUUGAAAGACUGACUCCUCAAGAAAUCUAAAAAGCUUCUACAUUAGAUAGCCUACAUCCAAGAGGAUUUAUAAAUGCCUAUUGCAUUUUUAUUUGUGUUGUGAAAUUGCCUCUUCGAGGAUGACUAAAAUCUAUGAUUUUAAAAAAUGGCAAACCAAAUAUAACAUUUUAUUAUAAAAUCAGUGCAUGUAGAUUCUUUUAUGUCUAUAUAAUUGUUUUGUACAGUGUAUAUAUUGUUUUUAUGUCCGUCUUAAAACUAUUCUUCAUCUUUUUACUCUCUUUAAAUCUACCAUCAUUUCUCAUCAAUUGCAAAAUGACAUCCAUGUUCAAAAAGAUUCAUUCAUUUGUCGUAUUCAUUACUCCUUCCCAAAACUUACAUUCCAAAAGACACAAUCAUUUUUUUAAAUGAAAAGUAGUAAACAGAAAUCAUUAUAUUUUUUAUUUCGUUUUUAAUACAUUUUAUGGAGUCCUCAUUAUUUUUAAGUCUUUUUGUACAUGGAUCAAUUAUUUUUAUGGAAAAGGAUUUAAGAGAUAACCAUUUUAUGUUUUUAACUUAUUUAUAAUUAAAAGUUAUUAAAAUA